GGCGAAUUCUGAGUAUAAACGACAGACUGAGCGGGUUUGAAUAUUUGGAGAAACGGAAAUAUUACUAAUUUACAUAUAUUUCAAAUUUAUUUCAGUUCGCUUACAGUCUGCUGUGGUUAAGAGAGAAGUAGACGUCUGGCCAAACAGAUACUCGUAGAACUAAAGACGAAUUAAGCGCCUGUCUUUUGUUUAUCGAGGCUCGCCGGUAUUGGUAACGCGGACGCGCGGAGGUGAAAGGACCCUCUGCCGCGAGCUAGCUGAGUUAGCUAGCUCAGUUUACCGAUCAUCUUCACGUAGGGACGGCGCUGACAGACUAACAGAAAAGUCGUUUGUUUGGAUGUGGACAGGUCUCUUCCUUCAGGGAAGCCAUGGGAUUGACUGGGAGGAAAUCGGAGAAGAGUCCUGUUUGCUGGAGACGGAGAGUGAAGUCUGAGUACAUGCGACUGCGGCAGCUCAAACGUUUCAGGAGGGCAGACGAGGUCAAGAGCAUGUUCAGCUCCAACAGACAGAAGAUAUUGGAGCGUACAGACAUAUUGAACCAGGAAUGGAAACUGAGACGGAUACAACCUGUUCAUAUUAUGACACCUGUGAGCUCCUUGCGAGGGACUAGAGAGUGCACUGUUGACAGUGGCUUCUCCGAGUUCUCCAGACAAGUCAUUCCUCUCAAAACACUGAACGCUGUGGCCUCUGUGCCUGUCAUGUACUCAUGGUCUCCACUCCAGCAAAACUUUAUGGUUGAGGAUGAGACCGUAUUGCAUAACAUCCCUUACAUGGGUGAUGAAAUCCUUGAUCAAGACGGCACUUUCAUUGAAGAGCUUAUUAAAAAUUACGAUGGAAAAGUUCAUGGAGAUAGAGAGUGUGGCUUCAUAAAUGAUGAGAUCUUUGUGGAGCUAGUGAAUGCACUCAAUCAGUACAGUGAUAAUGAGGAGGAGGAUGAUGAAGAGGAGGAUCAGCAUGAUUGCAAGUUUGAGAAGAUGGACCUCUGUGAUGGAAAAGAUGAUGCUGAAGACUCUCACAAGGACCAGCUGAAUUCUGAGAGUCUCAACAAUGACGGAUCAAAAAAGUUUCCCUCUGAUAAAAUCUUUGAAUCCAUUUCUUCCAUGUUUCCUGAUAAAGGUUCAACUGAAGAACUCAAAGAAAAAUAUAAAGAACUCACUGAGCAGCAGCUCCCAGGGGCUCUUCCUCCUGAAUGCACCCCCAACAUUGAUGGUCCAAAUGCUAAAUCAGUGCAAAGAGAGCAGAGUCUGCACUCUUUCCAUACACUCUUCUGCAGGCGUUGCUUCAAAUACGACUGUUUCCUUCACCCUUUUCAUGCAACUCCAAACACAUACAAGCGUAAGAACAUGGAGAAUCUGGUGGACGGCAAACCAUGUGGCAUUUAUUGCUACAUGUAUAUGGUUCAGGAUGGCAUUGUCAGGGAAUACCCAGCAGGUGUGGUUGCUGAGCGUGCCAAGACCCCUUCUAAGCGCACAGCAGGCAGACGCAGAGGAAGACUCCCGAACAGCAACGGCAACAGCAGACCCAGCACCCCAACAGUUAACACUGAGACUAAAGACACGGAUAGCGACCGAGAGGGAGGGGCAGAUGGAAAUGACUGUAAUGAUAAAGAUGAUGAUGAUAAAAAGGAUGAGACCACCAGCUCCUCAGAGGCGAACUCCCGCUGUCAGACUCCAGUGAAGUUUAAGUUGAGCUCAGAGCCUCCUGAGAAUGUGGACUGGAGUGGCGCUGAGGCCUCUCUCUUCAGAGUGCUCAUUGGCACUUACUAUGACAACUUCUGCGCUAUCGCCAGACUCAUCAGCACAAAGACCUGCAGACAGGUUUAUGAAUUCAGGGUAAAAGAAUCUAGCAUCAUUGCACGUGCACCUGCGUUGGAUGAAAACACUCCUCAAAGGAAGAAGAAGAGGAAACACAGGUGUGUGUUCAAAAAACGAUAUAUCGGGCGGGCUCUACAAAAAUCUACUGAGAGGUUUAGAAAUUUGAGUCUGGAAAAGUAUGGAAUUUUGAAAUGGAAAAUGUGUAGGAACCCUGUUUCUAUCUGUACAGGUCAGAACCGGUUUCCAGGCUGCCGCUGUAAGGCCCAGUGUAACACCAAGCAGUGCCCCUGUUACCUGGCCGUACGAGAGUGUGACCCUGACCUGUGUCUCACCUGCGGGGCGGCUGAUCACUGGGACAGUAAAAAUGUCUCCUGCAAGAACUCUAGCAUCCAGAGAGGAGCAAAGAAGCACUUGCUACUGGCUCCAUCUGAUGUGGCCGGAUGGGGAAUCUUCAUCAAAGAGCCAGUUCAGAAAAAUGAGUUCAUCUCCGAGUACUGUGGGGAGAUCAUCUCCCAGGAUGAGGCAGACCGCAGAGGCAAGGUGUAUGACAAAUACAUGUGCAGCUUCCUGUUCAACCUUAACAAUGAUUUUGUUGUUGAUGCAACUAGGAAAGGAAACAAGAUCAGGUUUGCCAACCACUCUGUAAACCCCAACUGCUAUGCAAAGGUGAUGAUGGUUAAUGGGGAUCACAGGAUUGGCAUAUUUGCUAAGAGAGCCAUACAGACUGGAGAGGAACUGUUCUUUGACUACAGAUACAGUCAAGCUGAUGCUCUGAAAUACGUAGGUAUUGAACGUGAAAUGGAAAUUCCAUAAAGCCAUCUACCUCCUUCAACAAAUGCCUUACACUCAUCAGGAAUUUUCUCUCCACAUGCAUUUCCAAUACAGUUUAGAUUCAGUUUUAUAGGACAAGAGCAAAGUUUUUAACAGUGAUAUUUUGAAGACUUCCUUUUAGAAAAAAA